GAAAGAUACUAGAUGCAUUGAACCCUCGAACGUUUUUGAAGGAUCAAACAGUUUUCCCAUUAGAAAUUUUGUUUAUCAAUUAUUAUUCUGUAGUUAUCACAAUUCAUUAGUGUACAAUAAACAUCUCACAAUGGCGACACUCGAGGAUAAAUCUAUCUGGGAAAAUAGUGAGGAAACUCUCGGGGAAGACGUUCUCCGAAUGUCGACAGACGAGAUAAUAUCCCGCACUCGUCUUCUGGACAACGAAAUAAAAAUAAUGAAGAGCGAAGUAAUGCGGAUAUCCCACGAGCUGCAGGCCCAGAAUGAGAAGAUCAAAGAAAACACCGAGAAGAUAAAAGUCAACAAGACCCUUCCCUACCUGGUAUCCAACGUGAUCGAGCUCCUGGACGUCGAUCCCCAAGACAUGGGUGAGGAGGACGGCGCAGUGGUGGAUCUGGACUCUCAGAGAAAGGGAAAAUGUGCAGUAAUAAAGACGUCAACACGUCAAACGUAUUUUCUCCCAGCUAUUGGUCUCGUCGAUGCUGAUUCUCUCAAGCCUGGGGACUUGGUUGGCGUCAACAAGGACAGUUACCUGGUCCUGGAGACACUUCCAGCUGAGUACGAUGCCAGAGUGAAAGCUAUGGAGGUAGACGAGAGACCGACCGAGCAGUACUCAGACAUUGGAGGUCUAGACAAGCAAAUUCAAGAGUUGAUCGAAGCCGUUGUCCUGCCUAUGACCCACAAGGAGAAGUUCGAGAAUUUGGGAAUUCAGCCACCAAAGGGAGUCCUCCUGUACGGACCCCCUGGCACUGGCAAAACACUUCUGGCUAGGGCAUGUGCUGCCCAAACUAAAUCGACUUUUUUGAAACUAGCUGGACCUCAACUUGUCCAGAUGUUCAUUGGAGAUGGAGCUAAACUCGUGCGUGAUGCUUUCUCACUUGCAAAAGAGAAAGCACCUGCCAUCAUCUUCAUCGAUGAACUCGAUGCCAUUGGCACCAAGAGAUUUGACUCUGAGAAAGCUGGAGAUCGAGAGGUACAACGUACAAUGUUGGAGUUGUUGAAUCAACUCGAUGGUUUCAGCUCCACUGCUGAUAUCAAGGUCAUUGCCGCGACAAACAGGGUUGAUAUUCUGGAUCCUGCGUUGUUGAGGUCCGGACGUCUGGACAGAAAGAUUGAAUUCCCACAUCCCAAUGAGGAGGCCAGGGCUAGGAUCAUGCAGAUUCACUCGAGGAAGAUGAAUAUGUCACCUGAUGUUAAUUUCGAGGAACUCUCGAGGUCCACUGAUGAUUUCAACGGAGCACAGUGCAAGGCUGUUUGUGUUGAGGCUGGUAUGAUUGCUCUGAGACGUAAUGCAACUGCUGUCACUCACGAAGACCUGAUGGAAGCCAUCAACGAGGUGCAAGCCAAGAAGAAAGCAAAUCUUAACUAUUAUGCUUAAAGUAGUCUUCGCUGUAGUUUAUUAGGUUUUCAUACGAUUUAUUCGAUAUCCCAUCUCAUAAAUUCUCAAGAAAUAUUAAUAAAUAUCCGUUUUAUUUGGAAAUAAA